GCGCGCGGUCGGGGCGGGAGGGCGCGUCCGCCGUGGCUGCGGUCCGCGGUCGUCCCCCGGUCUCCGUGCUGUCCGGCGCGAGCUCUCUGAGCUUUGCUUGGGUGGAAGUUCACAGACAUGGACGCGGGCCGCACCUCCCUGGGCUUCGACGACGGAGCCUCCGGGGCCGGCAGCCCCCAACGCCCACUGGAGGGGAAGGGCAGCGAGACCCCCGAUGCCGAGGAGCUGGGGUCCCUGCAGAGCGGCGCUGUCUUCGCCUCAAGGGAUGUCUCAGAAGCCUCUGAGAAGGAAGAGGAGGAAUCUGAGGGCCCGCUGAGGGUGCAGGACCUGAAGGAGGCCCAUCUGCAGCUCGUCCAGGGUGUGCAGGAGUGGCCGGACGGCUGUGUGUACCGGGGGCAGUUUGGGCUGAACAUGAAGCUUGGAUAUGGCGAAUUCUCUUGGCCCACGGGUGAGACGUACCAUGGGCAGUUUUACCGGGACCACUGCCAUGGCCUGGGUACCUACACGUGGCCAGAUGGCUCCAGUUUCACGGGCACGUUUUAUCUCAGCCACCGGGAAGGCUACGGCACCAUGCGCAUGAAGACGAGGCUCUUCCAGGGGCUGUACAAAGCGGACCAGCGGUUCGGGCCAGGCGUCGAGACCUACCCUGACGGCAGCCAGGAUGUGGGGCUGUGGUUCCGGGAGCACCUCAUCAAGCUGUGCACCCCGAGCCCCGGGGGCUUCUCCCUCCUCAGCUACCCUGAGUUCUCCAGCUUCCUCACCCACAGCGCUGCAAGGAUCAGCCUCGCAGAAGAGGCGGAGACAGAGCGGGGACUGCAGGAGGGACAGGACCCCUUUUUCUAUGAGUACAAGCGGCUGCUUCUCCACGACGACCUCACACUGCCUCCCGAGAUGUGCGUCUACUCCACCGACAGUGAGCACCUGCCCAUGACCAGCUCCUUCCGCCAAGAGCUGGACGCCCGCAUCUUCCUCAAUGACAUCCCUCCGUUCGUGGAGGACGGAGAACCCUGGUUCAUAACCAACGAGACCCCUUUGUUGGUCAGAAUCCAGAAGCAGACUUACAAGUUCAGGAACAAGCCAGAGCACAGCAGCUGGAACAUGGGCGCCAUCCUGGAGGGGAAGCGUAGCGGCUUUGCACUCUGCGGGCCCAAAGAGGGGCUUGCCAUGGAGAUGAUCCUAAAGGCUGAGGAAGGGAACCACGACUGGAUUUACGGGGUCCUGAAGGACAACUUCGCCAGCGCUGACGUGGCGGACGCAAAGGGCUACACUGUGCUUGCCGCGGCUGCUACUCACUGCCACAACCACGUCGUCAGCCUUCUCCUGGACUGCGGUGCCGACGUGAACAAGUGCUCGGACGAGGGCCUCACGCCACUCAGCAUGUGUUUCCUCCUCUACUACCCCGCCCGGUCCUUCAAGCCCAACAUUGCUGAGCGGACCGUGCCCAAGCCCCAGGAGCCUCCAAAGCUUCCAGUUGCUCCAAUCCUUUCAUCGUUCAUGGACACAAACCUGGAGUCGCUGAACUAUGAAGUGAACGUGCCCUCGCAGGGUAGCUAUGAGCUGAGGCCGCACGUCCUGGGCAGCCAGGAGCGCGGCGUUUCCCAGGGCACCAGGCUGUCUGGGAAGUCUGUGGACCGGAGGAGCAGCUCCCUGAAGGGGGACUCACCAUUGGUGAAGGGCAGCCUUGGCCACGUGGAGAGUGGGCUGGAGGACGCGCCGAGAAACACAAACCAGCGCCCUCCGUGCAGCGCGGAGACGAACCUGGAAUCCAACGUGUGUGUGUGCAGCUUCCCCAUCGAGCUCUCCCAGGCCAUGCUGGAGAAGAGCGCCCAGUCCCACAGCCUGCUGAGGACGGCCUCACCCUCGCCGCGCACCAGCAGCUCCGACAAAGGGACCAUACGGAGGAUGGCGCUGUCCAUGCUCGAGCGGAAGAGGCGCUGGCGGACCAUCCAGCUGCUGCUGCGCCGCGGCGCGGACCCGAACCUGUGCCGCGUGCCCGUGCAGGGCCUGUUCCUCGCGGUGAAGGCGGGCGACACGGACGGGGUGAGGCUGCUGCUGGAGCGCGGGGCGAGGACCGACGUCCGCUUCCCCCCGCAGCUGGGCGCCCUGACGCCACUCCACAUCGCUGCAGCCCUUCCUGGGGAGGAGGGUGUCCGGAUUGUGGAGCUGCUGCUGCACGCCAUCACCGACGUGGACGCCAAGGCAGCCGAUGAGGACGACACUUACGAUCCCGGCAGGGUGGACCUGCUGCCCUCCAGUCUGAAGCUCAGCAAUGAGCCAGGCCCUCCCCGAGCCUAUUACGGCACGCACCCGCCCCUCCCUGAGGAGGGGGGCAGGACGGCUCUGCACGUGGCCUGUGAGCGGGAGGACAGCAACAAGUGUGCCAGGGACAUCGUCCGGCUCCUUCUGUCCCACAGAGCAAACCCUGACCUGCUGUGGAGUGGCCACUCCCCGCUCUCCCUGUCCAUCGCCAGUGGGAAUGACCUGGUGGUGAAGGAGCUCUUGACCCAGGGAGCUGACCCCAACCUGCCCCUGACUAAAGGCUUGGGCAGUGCCCUGUGUGUCGCCUGUGACCUGACCUAUGAGCACCAGAGGAGCAUGGACAGCAGGCUGGCCCUGAUUGACCGCCUCCUCAGUCAUGGGGCUGACAUCCUGAAGCCUGUGACGCUCAGGCAGGGGGAGAAGGUGGCAGUGGGUACAGCUGUGGACUAUGGCUACUUCAAAUUCUUCCAGGACCGGAAGAUUGCCCACAGCCCCUUCCACACACUGAUGCCGGCGGAGCGUGAGGCGUUCGUGGCUCGGAAGCGGCUCCUGGAGUACAUGGGCUUGCAGCUGAGGCAGGCGGUCUUUGCCAAGGAGAGCCAGUGGGACCCCACGUGGCUGUACCUGUGCAAGAGAGCGGAGCUGAUCCCCAGCCACAGGAUGAAGAAGAAGAGCCCCAGCCUGCCCAAGGGCCUGGACGUGAAGGAGCGGAAGCAAAUUCCCUUCUUCAAGUUCUGCUACCAGUGUGGCCGCUCCGUCGGGGUCCGCCUCCUGCCCUGCCCUCGCUGCUACGGGAUCCUGACCUGCAGCAAAUACUGCAAGACCAAGGCCUGGGCCGAGUUCCACAAGAAGGACUGUGGCGACCUGGUGGCCAUGGGGGCGCACCUGGAGGAAGUUUCCAGGCGGAGAGAAGAAUCUCCUUGAAGCGCGUCUGCACGCCCGAGGCCUGGGGAGGACCCAGGACUGUGCCAUUCUCACCUGCCUGGGCCGCGGGGACUCUCCAGUUCAUGCAGGCGUUUCUGCACCUUCAGGGCUGUGCGUUGUAGCAGCGUCUUCCAAUAAAUCGGCCCCACGGGGUGUUUUUGACUGU